AUAGUUACCGUGCCAAAAAUUUCCCGGGAACCAGACAGUUCAUUUCAUUCUUCUCCUUCACCACCACUACCCCAACCAGUACAGACGGCGAUGGAUCCACCUAACGAAUUCCCCGAUGAUUUUUCUUCGUUCCCUCCAAUCCCGUUCGCCCUCUUUGUUCCCCCAGAAAACCCUAACCCCAAUUCAAACGACGCGCCAAUUCCAAAUACAGUCGAAAACCCUAGCUCAGCUCACCUUCUUUCCUUCUCGGUCCCCAAGAAACGAAGACGAGGCAGGCCUCAUAGGGUUCCGACGUCGUUUCAGUUACCUCCAAUUCCCAACGGCGUUUUCAACAGUAAUAACAACGGUCUUGCUUCUUUUUCCAGUUCAAUUUCAGCUCAUUCCUCUAGAAACAAUGUAGAAAUCCCUGGUUCUUCGGCAAGAACCAUGCCUGAUAUGUCCGACGAGAUCAUCGUGAUCAAUAAGGAGUCCACGGCGGAGGCGCUGAUCGCGCUGUCGGCUGGUUUUCCUGCUGAUUCGCUCACCGAGGAGGAAAUUGAUUUCGGGGUAAUUCGAGUUAUUGGGGGCAUAGAGCAGGUCAAUUACAUUCUCAUUAGGAACCACAUAAUUGCUAAAUGGCGUGAAAAUGUGUCGAAUUGGGUCACAAAAGAUAUAUUUAUUGAUUCUAUACCUAAACAUUGUCAUUCCCUGUUGGAUUCUACUUAUAAAUAUCUGGUUUCGCAUGGUUAUAUUAACUUUGGGGUUGCUCCGGCUAUCAAAGAGAAGAUUCCGGCUGAACCCAGUAAACCACAUGUGAUUGUGAUUGGUGCUGGGCUUGCUGGUCUGGCUGCUGCCAGGCAAAUGAUGCGUUUUGGGUUUAAAGUGACUGUUUUGGAGGGUAGGAAGCGAGCGGGCGGGCGGGUUUAUACUAAGAAAAUGGAGGGAGGAAUUAGGGUAUGUGCAGCGGCGGAUUUAGGGGGAAGUGUUUUGACUGGUACAUUAGGGAACCCACUUGGCAUUGUUGCACGCCAAUUGGGUUAUGUGCUUCAUAAAGUGAGGGAUAAGUGCCCACUUUAUAGUUUUGAUGGGAAGCCUGUAGAUCCUGAUAUGGAUAUGAAGGUGGAAACUGCUUUUAACCAGCUUCUAGAUAAGGCAAGUAGGCUUAGGCAGUUAAUGGGAGGUGUUUCAGUUGAUGUGUCUCUUGGUGCAGCAUUGGAAACGUUCUGGCAGGUUUAUGGGGAUGCUGUAAAUGCUGAGGAGAUGAACAUGUUUAAUUGGCAUCUUGCAAAUUUGGAAUAUGCAAAUGCAGGUUUAAUAUCAAAUCUUUCACUUGCAUUUUGGGACCAAGAUGAUCCGUAUGAUAUGGGAGGGGACCAUUGCUUCUUGCCUGGAGGUAAUGGAAGGCUGGUGCAGGCUUUGGCAGAGAAUGUACCGAUCUUAUAUGAGAAAAUUGUGCACACCAUUAGGUAUGGUAGUGAUGGAGUGCAGGUUAUUGCUGGCAGCCAGGUUUUUGAGGGUGAUAUGGCAUUGUGCACUGUUCCACUUGGGGUUUUGAAGAGUGGGUCCAUCAAGUUUAUUCCAGAGUUGCCUCAGAGAAAGCUUGAUGGAAUAAAGAGGUUGGGGUUCGGACUGUUGAAUAAGGUUGCAAUGCUUUUUCCUCAUGUGUUCUGGGGCACAGAUCUUGAUACCUUUGGCCACCUUUCUGAUGAUUCAUCCCGUCGAGGGGAGUUCUUCCUGUUUUACAGCUAUGCAACAGUUGCUGGCGGUCCCCUUUUGAUUGCUUUAGUAGCAGGUGAAGCUGCACAUAAGUUUGAGAGCAUGCCCCCUACGGAUGCUGUGACCCGGGUUAUUCAGAUUCUCAAGGGUAUAUAUGAACCACAAGGAAUUAGUGUCCCAGAGCCCAUCCAAACAGUCUGUACCAGAUGGGGAAGCGACCCCUUCAGCCUAGGUUCUUACUCUAAUGUGGCAGUAGGGGCGUCAGGAGAUGAUUAUGAUAUUUUAGCAGAAAGUGUAGGAGAUGGACGGCUUUUCUUUGCAGGUGAGGCUACCAAUCGGAGAUAUCCUGCAACCAUGCAUGGCGCUUUUCUUAGUGGGCUCAGAGAAGCUGCUAAUAUGGCUCACUAUGCUAACGCUCGUGCCCUGAGGAUAAAAAUUAACAGGAACCCAUCAAAGAAUGCCCAUUCUUGUGCUUCCCUUCUUGCGGAUUUAUUUAGGGAGCCUGAUUUAGAAUUUGGGAGUUUUUCUGUUAUCUUUUGUCGAAGGAAUGCUGAUCCUAAGUCGACGGCAAUUUUAAGAGUGACAUUUAAUGAGCCUCGGAAGAAGAGUCAUGACAGUGCAAAACCUGAUCAACAGCAUUCAAAUAAGUUACUUUUUCAGCAGCUUCAGUCACAUUUUAAUCAGCAGCAGCAACUUCAUGUUUACACUUUGUUAUCUAGGCAGCAGGUUCUUGACCUCAGAGAGGUGCGAGGAGGUGAUGAGAUGAGGUUGAAUUACCUCUGUGAAAAGCUGGGAGUGAAGCUGGUGGGGAGAAAAGGAUUGGGGCCUACUGCUGAUUCUGUAAUUGCCUUAAUAAAAGCUGAAAGAGGCAUUCGUAAACCAGCUUCGACUUCAUUGGCUUUAAAGUCUGGGACAUCAAAGCUGAAAGCUGGCACUUUGAAACGAAAACUGGUCAGAAAGGCUAAAAUAAUACGCCAUGGCAAUGGGUCUGCACCUUCUGCUAAUUCAAACUCAGUGAAUGAUAAAGUGUCAGAUGAAACUAAGAUCACAAGUCAAGCACCCUCUAACACACUUGGUUCAGGGCAAAAUCAUUCCGACGUGUUGAAGAAUGAGUAGAUGACCUCUUAUGAUGAGAGGUGAGAUAUCAUUAACUUUUCUUUACGUUGAAAGUGGUUCCACUCGGUGAGCAUUAUUUACUUUUUGUAGCGUUGAGAUCCAUAUCCUUUGGCUUAGGGGAGUCGGCCAUUGUGGUGCAUGCUUUUCCCGAUUUACGGGACCGUUCUAUUCACCUUUGAGUCUGCGUACAAGUGGCCACCAUGAAGACUUUACAAGUUUCUGCUACCAAAGACUUGUGAAAGCUAUUUUCCGCUCAGCAUGUUCUUUGGCUGAAUAACCGCCAGCAUGCUCAAUUGUAGAAGAAAAUGGUGCCACUUGCUCUCGUCUUCUCGGGCCAAUGACAAAUGCUGCAACCAAUUGAACAUUGAGCAAGAGCAACUCCAAGCCAUCUUUCAAGAAGCCCAAAUUAAACGGAGAUGACAAUCGUGGCAACAUGUUUGGCCUAGCACUUAAACAUGAAACUCAUGAACCAUGCCACAAUUAUACCUACUGUCCAGGACAUUUGUUACCAAGCUGAUUGUGGUGAUUCAAUGGUCGAGGCUUCUAUGACGAGACCCCAGUGAUUGUUGACUGGUGGAAUGAUACAGGGUUGUAAUCUUUCCACGUCCACAACUUGUUGACUUAAUGCGUGUUAAGGAAGCAAUCUCUGCGGAUUUGCAGUGUUGAUUUUUAUUUUUAUUUUUUAACAAAAUUACAAAAUAAAGCAAACAAAUUGAUGAAACAUGAUAAUGAUUUUCCUUGUACUAUACUGAUCAGAUUAUAUGGUAAUAUGCAAAAAUUCUUUACUUCAA